AUGAUGGCUCUUGAUUUUGCUACUACAUUCAUAUUGGGUUCUUGUUCCAAACCACAAUUGGGUUCUUUUCAUUCUGAGUUGGUUAUUGUUAAUCUGAGAUAUGAAUCUGUGAACAAAUGUAGUUGUUUUAGUGUUUCAGCUCAUCACAGAGCUACCAUUCCUGUUGAAGAUCAAAAGCCCUUGCUUCAUUCUGCUUAUCAGAAUCACUCCAAGGGCUUUCACAGAGACAUCAACAUGCUUCCCAAGCCGUUAAUGUCAGUUGAUGAUUCUUCUUCUGCCAGUGAUGGAUCAAAGGUGCGCGUGGGUUAUCAGGGAGUGCCAGGAGCUUAUAGUGAGGAUGCAGCUUUGAAAGCGUAUCCAAAUUGUGAGACUGUGCCAUGUGACGAUUACGAAGCUGCAUUUAAGGCGGUUGAACUGUGGUUGGUUGAUAAAGCGGUUCUACCGAUUGAAAAUUCUGUGGAUGGAAGCAUCCACCGCAAUUAUGACUUACUUCUUCGACAUAGAUUGCACAUUGUUGGUGAGGUGCAGCAGCGUGUUGACCAUUGCCUCUUAGGAUUGCCUGGUGUGACAAAGGAGGAGCUCAACAGUGUUAUGAGUCAUCCUCAGGCUCUUGCUCAAUGUAGGACGUUGCUCAAUGAUUUAGGUGUUGACAAAGUUGGUGAGCAGGAUUCUGCUGUUGCUGCAAAGACAGUGGCCAUAAAUUGUGUAAGACACGCUGGAGCUAUUGCAAGUUCUCGAGCUGCAGAGAUAUAUGGCCUGGACAUUCUAGCUGAAGGAAUUCAGGAUGAUGAUGAAAACGUUACCCGUUUCUUGGUCCUUUCGAGGGAGCCUAGAAUUCCAGGAACUGACGAGCCCCAUAAGACUAGUGUUGUUUUCGGUUUAGAUGAAGGUCCAGGUGCACUAUUCAAAGCUCUCUCAGUGUUUUCUAUGAGGGAUAUUAAUUUGUCAAAGAUAGAGAGUCGUCCGCUGAAGCAGCGUCCCUUAAGAAUUGUUGAUGAUUCAAAUCAUAGGAGUUCCAAACACUUUGACUACCUCUUUUACAUCGAUUUUGAAGCAUCAAUGGCAGAACCUCGAGCACAAAAUGCUUUAGGACAGUUGCAGGAAGUUGCGAGUUUUCUUCGAGUUCUUGGUAGUUAUCCAAGGGAUACACAUGUAUAA